CCUGCGGCCAGUUGGGGCCGCGCGCGCUCACCGGCGUGCGAGUCGAUGGUGGCGAUCUUCUUGAGCGAGCUAGGCGACAAGACUUUCUUCCUCGCCAUGAUCCUCGCGAUUCGCAAAGGCCGGCUCCUGGCUAUGCUCGCGUCGGUGUCCGCGCUGUGGCUCAUGACGGCCAUCAGCGUGAUCAUUGGCGCGAUGCUCAGGACGUUUCCCCGCUACCUCGGAGACCAGUACCUUGUGCAAGUCGCCGCUGGGCUUCUGAUGAUCGCCUUCGGCAUCCAGUGCUUCCGCGAGCGCCUGCCCGGCGAGGGCGGCGACGACGACGAGGAGUCGGAGAAGGACGAGGCCGCCUCGGACAUCGAGAGCGCCAUCAGCAGGGCGAAGAGGCAGACGUUUAUGUCGGACCUCGUACGCUUCUCGGUCCUCAUCUUCCUCGCGGAGUGGGGCGACCGGUCUAUGCUGGCCACGGUGACCGUGGCGGCCACGCGGAGCUGGCUCGGCACGUUCAUCGGCGGGUGCCUGGGCCACCUGUGCGCCUGCUUCCUGGCGGUGUUCACCGGCAGCCUGCUGGAGAAG